UUGGCCCAACGUCCUCCGGGUUUGGCCGGUGUAGGUCUUCAUUGUAAAUAAGAAUUUGUUCUUAACUGACUUGCCUAGUUAAAUAAAGGUUAACUACUGUUGUGCUGCUGACGGUACAAUCUGUCUUCAACUGGAGUGCUGCUGCCUGCUACGUCAGGCACUAUGCGACAUUUUUUUUUGACAAUGGAAUAGCUAGGUAAUAUGAAAGAAAUGUAUACAUUGUUGAUACAUUGAUGCAAUGUUUACCUGGACAAGUCAUCGCGCACUACUGUAUCAGACUAUUUGUGCUUCUGUAGCGGAUAUUCUCGGUGAAUGAUUUCAGGAAUAUAGCCUACCAUGCAGCCGGAAGGAACAUUUACAUGUGCAUGGUUUAGAAGUACUGUAUCGCUUUCCUUCUCUCUUUUACGUCAAACCUACUGAUAAACUUCUAGGGCGAAGGGACUAGGAAGAAAAACGAAGAUAUUUUUACUCACGGAUAUGGAAUUUGACCCUCGUCUUCCUGAUCUUUUCUAUGUGAUGCUUUAGGAUAGAGCACAAUGGCCAGUCCAGCACCAGCAUGCUGCAAUACCCCUUCAUGUCCAGAUGGGGGAGCGGCGGAGGCCCAAAAGACAAAGCACUUCAUCACGGACGACUGUGAGCUGAGCAAGGAAGAGCUGGAUGGCCUCAUGAGGGAAGGAGAGGAAAGUCGUCCCUUCCUGGUGGUCCAUCAUCUGCUGGAUGUGAAGGAGGCAGGCGUGCCGGUGUUACUGCCUGGGACUCCAGUCAUCUGCAGAGUGGACAGCACCGAGAGAUACACUACGCGCUCCAAGGUCCGUGUGUGCACUCUGUACACUGUGAAGCUGACCCAUGGCAAGUUCACCUGGACGGUAAAAAGGAAGUACAAGCACUUCCAGGAGCUGCACCGUGACCUCUACAAGCACAAGAUGAUGGCCCACUUCCUGCCUCUGGGAAGAUUUGCAGCCCAGAGAGCGCAACUGAGGGCUAUGACAGAAGAGAUGCCAAGUCUACAUGGGACUGAGAGGAUGAGACGAACUUCCAGCAAACCGAAAUACCUUGAGGAAUACCUAAACGGCCUUCUGGAGAAUUCCUUUUGUAAGAACUAUCACGGCAUGCUGGAAUUCCUUGAUGUCAGUGCCCUCUCCUUUGUCAGUGAGCUUGGACCCAAAGGCCUGGAGGGUUCCAUCUUCAAAAGGUCAGGAGGUCACCGUAUCCAGGGUUUGAACUGUAUUGGUCAUCACCAGUUCUGCUUUCGCUGGUCAAAGCGCUGGCUGGUGGUCAAGGACUCCUUCCUGCUCUAUAUGAACCGGGAAAACGGGGUCGUCUGCUUCGUACUGGUCUUUGACCCGGAGUUCAAAGUUCAAGUGGGUCGUGCAUAUACUGACACCAAGUAUGGGGUUUGCAUUCAGAACUUCACCAGGAAUCUGAUCAUCAAAUGUAACAGCUACAGACAGGCUCACUGGUGGAGCCAUGAGAUCAAUAGGCUGGCUGAGCCCUGUGAAUUCCUCCAGGUCCAACGCUUUGGGGGCUUUGCCCCGCCACGGGAGAACACACUCACUAAAUGGUAUGUAAAUGGAAGUGGCUACUUUGCAGACCUGGCUGAUGCUCUGGAGCAGGCCAAGGAGGAGAUCUUCAUUACAGGCUGGUGGCUCAGCCCAGAGGUUUUCCUGAAGAGGCCAGCUACAGACACAUACUGGCGCCUGGACCAGAUCCUCAAACGCAAAGCAGAACAAGGUGUCAAAGUAUGUGUGCUCCUGUACAAGGAGGUGGAAAUGGCCCUGGGCAUCAACAGUGGUCACAGCAAGAGGACACUGAUGGACAUGCACCCCAACAUCAAGGUGAUGCGACACCCCAACCACAUGUCCGCGGUGGUGUUUCUGUGGGCCCAUCAUGAGAAGAUGGUAGCCAUUGACCAAUCAGUGGCUUUUGUGGGAGGCUUGGACCUGGCCUUUGGGAGGUGGGACGACAGUCAGUACCGGUUGACUGAUACGGAGACAACCAAUCAUAUCUCUGAAGAAGAACCAAAGGCUCCACUGGCUGAGCCAGAAGCAGCUGAUUCAGGUGACCAGGUGGAUGGGUCAGACUUGGCCCACGAUCCAAAGCCUACAGAGCCAGAGGAGGUCAAGGAGGUCAACCAUGUGGACCUGAAGAACAACACCCAGUUGUGGCUUGGCAAGGACUACAGCAACUUCAUCAGGAAGGACUGGGUCCAACUGGACCGCCCAUUCGAAGACAACAUUGACCGCACUGAGGUGCCCCGUAUGCCGUGGCGUGACUUGUCUGCUGCACUCCACGGCAAAGCUGCCAGGGAUGUGGCCCGCCACUUCAUCCAGCGCUGGAACUUUGCCAAGAUCUUUAAGUACAAGAACAUCCGAGGCAAGUUCUUCCCUUGCCUUCUGCCCAAGUCUCACAGUACUGUUGACCCACUGCCAUUCACUGUGCCUGGCUCCGGGAAGGCCUCCGUGCAGGUGUUGCGUUCUGUGGAUCGCUGGUCAGCCGGAACUUGUGAGAGCUCUAUCCUCAAUGCCUACAUUCAUACCAUCGAGAACAGCGAACACUACAUCUACAUCGAGAACCAGUUCUUCAUCAGCUGUGCUGACGGGAAGAACGUGCACAAUGGCAUUGGUGACGCGAUCGUGAAGAGGAUCCUACGUGCACACAGUGAGCAGAAGAAAUACAGGGUGUUUGUGGUGGUGCCCCUGCUGCCUGGGUUUGAAGGAGACAUCCGUGAGGGAGGUGGGAAUGCCAUCCAAGCUAUACUACACUUCACUUACAGGACCAUGUGCCGUGGAGAGUACUCCAUACUGAUGAGAUUGAGAGAACUUGAGAACCAGUGGAGCAAGUACAUCACCCUGUGUGGCCUGCGCAAGCACUCCCAGAUCUCCCAGUCCCUGGUCACAGAGCUCAUCUACGUACACAGCAAGACCCUCAUAGCUGAUGACCGCCGCUACAUCAUCGGCUCGGCCAAUAUCAAUGACCGCAGUAUGCUGGGCAGCCGGGACAGUGAGCUGGCUUUGCUGGUAGAGGAUGAGGAAAGGGUCCCCUCCAUGAUGGGGGGAGAGGAGUACCAGGCCGGACCCCUCACUUUAGCACUGCGCAAAGAGUGUUUCAGGGUGCUUUUAGGAGCUGAUUCUGACCCCGAGAUCGAUAUUGAUGACCCGAUCAGUGACCCUUUUUUCUUGUUGGGAUGGAAUGCGGCGGCAAAACUGAAUGCUAAGAUUUAUGACAAGGUCUUCCGCUGCCUCCCCUGCAACUCUGUCCAUAGCAUGAGGGAGCUGAAGGAGCAUUCAGGCACAGAGCGCCUGUGUGACACAGACCCCCAACAGGCUAAAGAGGAGCUGGCGGCCGUCAGGGGGCUACUUGUCCACUUCCCCCUCAACUUCCUGUCAGAGGAGAGUCUGCUCCCCCCACUGGGCAGCAAGGAGGGCAUGGCUCCUACGGGACUCUGGACAUAAGAGUACCAGGCUACCAGCCACAAGAACCAGGAUGACACUGAAAUAUCCCAGUACAGCAGGGGAGAGAUUUAUAGAUUUUAUCACCUUUGCCAGAUACCACUCCAUUAUUAAUAAAAAGAUUGGAACAAAUGUAUUCUAAACUGACCUAGCUAAAAAAUACUAACUGAUGUGUCUACGAAGAAUGCAAUUAGAUGCAAGAUUUUUACAUAGCUGUUGAUACAGAGUGGAUUUUAACUCUGUUAAAACGGUCAAACAUUUCAAAACAAACCAGAUGAUAAUGUAUCCCAGGGUUCCCCAAUUGGCGGCCCACAGGUAAUUUUAUUUGGACCCCCAUGUUUUCUGAGCAAAUAAAGAAAUAAAAUAUAUUUUUUGGGGGGACACAAAAGACUGUAAAAACACCAGCAAAUCAGCUCCAAGUGAUUUUAAUUUUGGAAAUCUGUUCCAAGGUAUUCCCACGCAUAAUGGAGAGAUAUCCACAGUGUAAAAAACAUUAAGAACACCUGCUCUUUCCAUGACAGACUGACCAGGUGAAAGCUAUGAUCCCUUAUUGAUGUCACCUGUUAAAUACACUUCAAUCAGUGUAGAUGAAGGGGAGGAGACAGGUUAAUGGAGGAUUUUUAAGCCUUGAGACAAUUGAGACAGAUUGUGUGUGUGUGUGUAGCAUUCAGAGGGUGAAGGGGCAACUGCCUUUGAACGGGGUAUGAUAGGGGCCAGGCGCACCGGUUUGAGUGUGUCAAGAACAGCAACGCUGCUGUUUUUUUGAUGUUCAACAGUUUCCUGUGUGUAUCAAGAAUGGCCCACCACCCAAAGGUCAUCCAGCCAACUUGACACAACUGGGAAGCAUUGGAGACAACAUGGGCCAGCAUCCCUGUGGAACACUUUCAACACCUUGUAGAGUCCAUGCCCUGAUGAAUUGAGGCUUUUCUGAGGGGCAAAAGGGGGUGCAACUCAAUAUUGGGAAUGUGUUCCUAAUGUUUUGUGCAUUCAGUGUAUGUGAUUGUAUACAAAUGUAGGCAAGGUUUAAAAUGAUUGUCUAAUGUUAUAUCUGUUUGGGCAUCUUGUGGUCAAUUUGCUGUCUACAAAUAAUUUUUAAUUAUGUUCCAAGUGACUUUGAGACAUGGCUAUUUGAAGGAUUACCACUGUUUUAAUGUCACAUGUACAUUUUUAUAAUGUUGGAUCAUUGCCACACUCAACUGACCAAAUUUGUUAAUGUAAUACUGAACCUGAGUAUUUCCUUUUUUAAAGGUCUUAGGUACGAGUCUGCCAAUAUAGAACAUAACAGGAACAGAAUGCCACUGUAUGAGAGGCAGGAGGAGGAAUGGAGAUCAGAAGUCAAGAGUCUCAGAUGAUUUAGGAACAUUGCGUACAUUUAUUGUUGCAAGGUUGUGGGUGGAUAGCUCCUCUCUGUCUCUCUCAGCCUCUCCCUCUUUCUCUCUCUGCCUCUCGCUUCCACUCUCCAUGCAGUGCCAGCAAAUCUGUCAGAACAUUUGUGGUUGUUAUGGUGACGGUUAUAAAGAGCUGACUAGAUUGUGGCUGAAAGAGGAAAGGACAGAUGAGCGAUAGACUGAAUCAGACAGAGGUAUAUGAAAAAAUGGAAGACGAGGUGGCCUAGCAAAUUCUGUAAAAGGAGGGUCAUUGGAUUUGCAAGAUAGGCAAUGACAAAAGAGGAAGACAAAGGACCAUAUGAGGGGCACGGGGCGAAUAGAGAGCAAUGAGAAAAAGAUAUUCAGGUGGUGCUCCUGGCGUGCUUUAAUUGUUGCGUCUUUUUGCCGUCACCAUGGCAACCAAGUGAAUUAUUGUUACUAACUUACCCUGUUGUCAGUGGUCCAGAACAUUCCACUACAUUUUGAAAAAGGGGAGCAAAGAAAAAAAUGUUUUUGUAAAUCACAGUUUCUAAUCUUGGAUGGGAUGAGUAAUUUUGACAGUUUUGAUCAAGGAAAAGGUGACUAACUGAAAUAGUAACAUUUAUUUAGUGAUACUGCUUCUACCACCACCACUACUACAGGUGCUUUUAGCAUCUCGGGUGUGUUUACAUACACUAGCGUUGCUUUCAAUUGUAUUGGGUUGCACAAAAACAAUUGGUGGGAAGCCAGAAUACAAUACAAUUCCAUUUCAACUUACUGUGGAUAUGUGUAGGAUAGUUGGUAAUUAUUUCAGGGGGAAAUUGAGACAAAAUAUCUAAAGUAUUGUAUUAUUAAACAGACUUUCCAAAUGUGGGUCUGUUGUAGACCCACUUCCUCUCUGCUUACAUCAUGUCAAAAGAAAAGUCCACCACGAAUUAUUCAUUUUUUUUGUCCACAUAUGGAGCAUGUGCAGGACUUUUUAUUUUGACAUGAGGUAAGCAAAGAGGAAGUGGGUUUACAACAGACCCACAUUUGGAAAGUCUGUUUAAUAAUACGAUACUUUAGAUAUUUUGUCUCAAAUCCCCCCUCUCAUAAUGACCAACUGUCCUGCCCACCGGCACUGUAAGUUGAAAGGGAAUUGUAUUUCACUUCUGAAUUCCCACUACUGUUUCUGUUAAUUAUAUUCACCAUACUACUUUGAAUGUUGAAAGAAGGGGAGUUGUAGCUCUUUAACAUUUGAAUAACAUUUGUAUGACUUUAGUAUUUUCUACUUAUUUUUAAACCAUGUAGGACUAACUUUCACUGUAUUUUAACAUUUUAAUGUGCAUUAAAUGUAUGUAUGCCUGCAACCUGGACUCAGGGGUAGAUUUAACAUAGUAAUCCAAAAUCUGGGAUGCUCAAAUUAGUAUAUUUUACAUUUGGUGUGGAAUGCAUUAAUUUGUGGAUGUCCAUUUCAUAUGUUACAAAUGUUAAAUACAUAUAUGUUACGAAUUCCAAUUUGUUGUGGCUAACGUUAGCUAGGUGGCACCCACCCAUCCACCCUCCUUUCAUAUUUGCUUUAUUAAGUUACAUGUCUUAUGUAACCAUACUAAACAUAACAUAUCCCAUAGGGCUGCGCACAAUUGGUCCCAGCGUCUUCCGGGUUUGGCCGUCAUUGUAAAUAAGAAUUUGUUCUUAACUGACUUGCCUAAUUAAAUAAAGGUUGAAUUAAAUAUACUAGUUAAAGGAGUGUCUCGUUUACUUUGUUACGUCUAGCCCCCGAGACCAGCCUGAUCACUUAAUUAUUAGAAUAACUAGGCUAUAGUCGAUAGGCUUUUCUUUUUCAAAAUUGUAAUCUGUACGAAUGUAGCUAUCUUUUAACAUUUAAUAAAAAAAUAUAUAAGUUGUAAUGUGAA